AUGCUUCAAUAGUUAUGGACUGAAUCAACUAAACCAAAAUCACUUGAUUCUUUGGAUUAUCAUUCAGAAAUCAGUGAAAUCCUGAGAAAACUUGCCAAAAAUUCCGAUUUCCCUCAUUUAUUGUUCUAUGGUCCAAAUGGAGCUGGAAAGAAAACAAGAGUGCUUGCAUUUCUUAAGGAAGUUUAUGGAUCAGGUGUAUACACAGUCACUGAAGAAGAAAAGGAGUAUAAAAUAAAUGAAACCUCAAAUACCACUACUUCUUGCACUGUAUUAUCAUCCAAAUUUCACAUUGAUGUUGCACCAUCAGAUGCUGAUCAUCACGAUAAAGUGAUCAUCCAGAAACUAAUUAAGGAAGUUGCAAGUUCACAUCAAGUAAAUAGCAAAUAAACCAAAGAUUUCAAAGUUGUAAUUAUUAAUGAAGUCGACAAUCUUACAAAGGAGGCUCAAGCAUCACUGAGAAGAACAAUGGAAAAGUAUAUAGAGAGAUGCAGAAUUAUUUUGAUUUGCGAAUCUUUGGCUAAAAUCAUUAAUCCUAUAAGAAGCAGGUGCCUUUUAAUUAGAGUACCUGCUCCUGAUCAAACUCAAGUGGCUCAAAUCUUAGAUAAGAUUAGUGCAUAAUAUAAUUGCAAAAUCAGCCAAUAACUAAUCAAUAAAAUUGCUAUUGCAAGUAAUGGUAAUCUUAGAGAAGCCAUUUUAUAUUUGCAAUCUACUAGAGUCAAUAACACAUGCAUUAAAGAUGAUCAAAAUAUAGCAGCUCAAGAAUGGAAACUACACAUUUAACAUAAUAUCGUCAUGCCUAUAGUAAAGAACCAAUUAGUUGAAACAAUGAAAGAAAUCAGAGAAAAAUUCUACCAACUUUUGGUCAACUGCAUUCCAGUUGAUAGAAUUAUGUUUGAAAUGCUUCAAGGAGUGCUAAAUUAAUAUAAAGAUCAUGCAAAUAAGAUAAUUCUGUAUGAACUCAUAAAAUCAACAGCAAAAUGUGAAAAUAGAGCAAGAUAGGGAUCUAAGGGUAUCGUUCAUCUAGAAGCAUUGGCAGCUGAAUAUAUGACGAUUAUAAAAUAAUUUGCAUGA